AUGGACUGAGGUGUCAUCACCUCCAAGACUGUGCUGCUCCUGCUCAGCCUCGCCUUCUGGGUGGCAGCAGCUGGGCUUGGCUAUGUGGGGGGAUAUGUCAUCAACACCUACAAAAGCUAUGACAACUUUCUGCAGGACAAGUAUGCUCGGUUGCCAACUGUGAUCAUUCUUUGCGUGGUUGUGGUGAUGUUCAUCAUUGGCUUGAUUUGCUGCUGUGCCACCUUCCAGGAGUCAGUUGGCCUGGGUCUGUUCUUGGCCAUUAUUCUGGCUAUUUUUGUUGCUGAAGGAUCUGCUUUCAUCCUGGGAUUUGUUUACAGGGAAAAGGUAGAAACUGAUGUACAAGGCACAAAGACUCGUCUUGAAAGAUAUGAUGGGAAAAAUCCUAAGCCUACUGUUGAUUACUUGCAAGAACAGGUUCAUUGAAAGAACUACAGCAACUGAACAAACAUGCAGUGGUUCAAUUCCACCAGUAACAGCAUCCCACUGAGCUGCUACAGGCAGGAGCGGAAGAACUGCACAGGGCAUCUGGACCAGCCUCAGGAAUUCAUUACACAGGUUUGUGCACAGGAGCUGGAGUCUGGCCUGCAGAGCAUUUUCAGCUAUGCUAUACUUGUAAUCCUGGGGUUUGCCAUGGUGAAGUUCUUGGGCAUGCUGAGUGUCUGUGUAUUUACUUGCAAGAGAGAAGACACUGGAUAUCAGCUUCUUUACUUAGGUGUAUUUAUUUAA